AUGCCUUUUAAAGCAUUUGAUACCUUCAAAGAAAAAUUUCUGAAACCUGGAAAGGAAGGAGUGAAGAACGCUGUGGGGGAUUCGUUGGGGAUUUUACAAAGGAAAAUUGAUGGGACCAGUGAGGAAGAAGGUAACAUUGAGCUGAAUGAAGAAGGAAGGCCAGUGCAGACAUCCAAGCAGAGCCCCCCACUCUGUGACUGCCACUGCUGUGGCCUCCCCAAGCGCUACAUCAUUGCCAUCAUGAGCGGGCUGGGAUUCUGCAUUUCCUUUGGGAUUCGGUGCAACCUUGGAGUUGCCAUUGUGGAAAUGGUCAACAACAACACUAUAUACGUUGAUGGAAAACCGGAAAUUCAGACAGCACAAUUUAACUGGGAUCCAGAGACGGUGGGCCUUAUCCAUGGAUCUUUCUUCUGGGGCUAUAUUGUGACACAAAUUCCAGGUGGUUUCAUUUCAAAUAAGUUUGCUGCUAACAGGGUCUUUGGAGCUGCCAUCUUCUUAACAUCGACCUUGAACAUGUUCAUUCCUUCUGCAGCCAGAGUACAUUACGGAUGUGUCAUGUGUGUCAGAAUUUUGCAAGGUCUAGUGGAGGGUGUGACCUACCCAGCCUGCCAUGGGAUGUGGAGUAAGUGGGCACCGCCUUUGGAGAGAAGCCGACUGGCCACAACUUCUUUUUGCGGUUCCUACGCGGGGGCAGUGAUUGCCAUGCCGCUGGCCGGCGUGUUGGUACAGUACAUGGGAUGGGCCUCUGUCUUUUAUAUUUAUGGUAUAUUUGGGAUUAUCUGGUACAUGUUUUGGCUGUUGCAGGCCUAUGAGUGUCCAGCAGUUCACCCAACAAUAUCCCAUGAGGAAAGGACCUAUAUAGAGACAAGUAUAGGAGAAGGAGCCAACUUGGUUAGUCUCAGUAAAUUUAAUACACCAUGGAAAAAAUUUUUUACAUCGUUGCCGGUUUACGCAAUCAUUGUGGCAAAUUUUUGCAGAAGCUGGACCUUUUACUUGCUGUUAAUAAGUCAGCCUGCUUAUUUUGAAGAGGUCUUUGGAUUUGCAAUAAGUAAGGUGGGUCUCUUGUCAGCACUCCCACACAUGGUGAUGACAAUCAUUGUGCCUAUUGGAGGACAACUGGCUGAUCAUUUAAGAAGCAGAAAAAUUUUGACCACAACUGCUGUCAGAAAAAUCAUGAACUGUGGAGGUUUUGGCAUGGAGGCAACCUUACUCCUUGUGGUUGGCUUUUCACAUACCAAAGGGGUGGCUAUCUCCUUUCUGGUGCUUGCCGUAGGAUUCAGUGGUUUUGCUAUUUCAGGUUUUAAUGUCAACCACUUGGACAUUGCCCCCCGCUAUGCCAGCAUUCUCAUGGGGAUCUCAAACGGAGUGGGAACCCUCUCUGGAAUGAUCUGUCCCCUCAUUGUGGGCGCGAUGACCAAGCACAAGACCCGUGAGGAAUGGCAGAAUGUGUUCCUCAUAGCUGCCCUGGUGCACUACAGUGGCGUGAUCUUCUAUGGGGUCUUUGCUUCUGGGGAGAAACAGGAGUGGGCUGACCCUGAGAACCUUUCUGAGGAGAAGUGCGGAAUCAUUGACAACGAUGAAUUAGCCGAGGAGAUAGAACUCAACCAUGAGAGUUUCACAAGUCCCAAAAAGAAGAUGUCCUAUGGAGCUACCACCCAGAAUUGUGAAGCCCAGAGGAAGGAAUGGAGCGGACAGAGAGGAGCGACUCUUGAUGAGGAAGAGCCGGCAUCCUACCAGAAUGAAGACGGAAACUUCUCAGAUACACCCUAA